AAAUAUCCCGUUACAAGCAAAGAUCGCCAUGGACGCAGAUGGGUCGCCGCCGCUGCGGGUUGUGAUCUUCCCGUGGCUGGCGUUCGGGCACCUGCUCCCGUACAUGGAGCUCGCGGAGCGCAUGGCGUCGAGGGGCCACCACGUGUCCUUCGUCUCCACGCCGCGGAACAUCGCGCGCCUCCCGGCGCCGGUGGCGUCGGCGGUGGAGCUCGUGGCGCUGCCGCUCCCGCGGGUGGACGGCCUCGCCGACGGCGCCGAGUCCACCAACGACGUCCCCGACGACGAGCAGGGGCUCCUCAUGGAGGCCUUCGACGGCCUCGCCGCUCCUUUCGCCGACUUCCUGGCCGCCGCGUGCGCCGACGACGGCGGCGGCGGAAGGAGGAGGAGGCCCGACUGGGUCAUCGCCGACUCGUUCCACCACUGGGCCGCCCCCGCCGCCGCCCGGCACGGGGUGCCAUGCGUGGCCCUCCUCCCGAGCGCCGCCGUCAUGGCUGCGUGGGUCGUCCCGCCGCCGGCGACGUCGUCGCCGUCACCGGCGGCGGCUAUGCCCAGCUACGAGUGGGAGAAGCUCAAGGCAAGCUUCCUCGCCGCCACCAGCCAUGGCGCGUCGUCGUCGGCGUCGGGCGGCAUGUCGCGGGCGACGCGCUGCUCCCUGACGCUCGAGAGGUGCACGCUGGCGGCCAUGCGGAGCUGCGUCGAGUGGGAGCCCGAGCCGUUCCGGGCGGUGGCCGCGGGGCUCGGCAAGCCGCUCGUCCCCCUCGGCCUCCUCCCGCCAUCGCCCGCCGGAUCCCGCCGCCGCCGCGCCGUCGCCGGAGAAGAAGACGACGACUCCACCAACCCCCUCCUCCGCUGGCUGGACGCCCAGCCGCCCAGCUCGGUGCUGUACGUCGCGCUGGGGAGCGAGGUGCCACUGCGCGUCGACCAGGUGCACGAGCUCGCCCUCGGCCUGGAGCUCGCCGGCGCGCGCUUCCUCUGGGCUCUCAGAAAGCCCCGCUCCUCCUCCGCCGCCUCCGCCGCCGCCGCCGCCGCCGCCGCCAUCCUCCCUCCCGGCUUCCAGGAACGCACGGCGAGCCGCGGCGUGGUCACCAUGGGCUGGGCGCCGCAGAUCGCCAUACUGGAGCACGCCGCCGUGGGCGCGUUCCUGACGCACUGCGGCCGGAACUCGCUGGUGGAGGGGAUCUCCGCCGGGAACCCCCUCGUCAUGCUCCCCAUCGCCGGCGACCAGGGCCCCAACGCGCGCCUCAUGGAGGCGAGGAAGGUGGGGCUGCAGGUGGCGAGGGAUGGCGCAGACGGCUCCUUCGACCGCCACGGCGUCGCCGCCGCGGUCCGGGCCGCCAUUGUAGACGAAGAAACAAGGAAGGUGUUCGUCGCCAACGCCCUCAAGCUGCGAGAGGUGGUCGCCGACGAGGAGCUCCAUGAGAGGUACAUCGACGAGUUCAUACACCAGCUUAGGUUAAGCUCUCCUACGUACCUCGCCAGCUCAUGAAUGAACCCCGUCUUGGGCCCAUGGAUUGUAAUCCCUACAAAUAAUAAUGUCCUUCCUCCGUUUCAGAAUAUAAGUCAUUUUAGUAUUUUCCACAUAUAUAUUGAUGUUAAUAAAUCUAGAUAGAUAUAUAUAUGUCUAGAUUCAUUAACAUCAAUAUAAAUAUGAGAAAUAUUAAAAUGACUUACAUUGUGAAACAGAGGGAGUACGUACGUACGUGUGUAUGUGUGUCUGUCUGUCAUUUUGGAUCAUGCCAUUGCAAAUUUAUUGUAUUAAAAAAAUACAUGCAUGUACGUACGUACGUGUGUCUGUCGGUCAUUUUGGAUCAUGCCAUUGCAAAUUUUACUGUAUUAAAAAAAUACCACUAUUAUUUUGAUUUCU